AGUGCUGCUUAGUGGAAUUUAAUUCGCAUUCCGCCCGGUAUCCGUUAAAGCUCGCGCUCACGCUGUGGAUUUAAGUUUAGGCACAUACAAUGAAUUGGAUCUACAUCUUAGCCUCUAUAUAUGUAUCGUCACAAUUCCUGCUGCUCGAGGUUGCCUGUUCGGGACUGUUUGAGCUGGAGCUACGAUACUUUCAAAAUGAGAAAAGUAUCGACUACAAUGAACGAUGCUGCUCUGGAAAGGCGGAUGCGCUCGGUCAAUGCAUCGGAACCUGUAAAACAAGGUUUCGCGCUUGCCUGAAGCACUACCAGGCCACAAUCGAUACAACCUCACCGUGCACUUUCGGUGACGUCAUAACGCCCGUGCUGGAAGGGACGACACUGAACUUUACAGCCAUCACUGGCACGGCGGAAGGCUUCGCAAAUCCAUUACGGUUUCCGUUCGAGUUCGGUUGGCCGGGGUUCUUUACACUUAUAAUAGAAGCAUGGCACGAUACAAACGAAACAACCACGCGAUCUCCAGGUACCUUAAUUUCCCGGCUCUCGAUUCAGCGUAUAUUGGAAGUUUCAGCCGACUGGAUGGAAGACAGUUACAACUCAUCGCACACGAUGAUACGGUAUGCGUUCCGGGUGACGUGCGAUCCAAACUACUACGGUGCAGGCUGUGCCAAUUUGUGCCGCAAGCGGGACGAUCAAUUUGGCCAUUACACCUGCUCACCGAACGGUGAACGUGUUUGUCUGUCCGGCUGGCAAGGCGAAUACUGUACCAUUGCCCGCUGCACACCCGGAUGUCUUCAUGGACACUGCAACAAACCCAACGAAUGCAACUGCCAAUCGGGAUGGAAAGGUCCGCUGUGCGACGAAUGUGAACCGUAUCCUGGGUGCUUGCACGGCACAUGCAAAAAACCCUGGGAGUGCAUUUGCAAGGAAGGCUGGGGAGGGCUGUUUUGCAAUCAGGAUCUAAACUACUGCACCAACCACAAACCAUGCCUGAACGGGGGCACCUGCUUCAAUACGGGCCAAGGUUUGUACACGUGUCAGUGCCGUCCGGGCUAUAGGGGUACUGAUUGUGAGUCGAGUAUUACGAGCUGCAUCGACGAGCCAUGCUUGCAUGAAGCCACCUGCCACGACCUGGCAUUCGAUGACGGCGAGACACCACUGGACGCCGAUGGGCGCAAAUAUCAAUGCCACUGUACAAAAGGCUGGAUGGGAAGGCACUGCGAGAGGGAAGCUAUCACAUGUGCCGAUAAGCCGUGCCAUCAAGGGACAUGCGUCGAUGUCGUUUCCUCCUCUUCAUCGUCCUCGACAACAUCAAACUUCCGGUGCGAUUGUCCGCCCGGGUAUAGUGGGACAGCAUGCGAGAUCAAAUCUGGCGAAUGCUAUUCCAACUUCUGUGCCAAUGGUGGUAUUUGUCACGUUGCUGGAUCAUCUGCUUCGUCCGGUUCUUCUUCCACCUCAUCAUCAGCAUCAUCGAUGGCUGCACUAUUUGGUUCGGGAAACGAUAACAAUGGAGGUAAUAACGGAAUGCUGAUGUGCAUCUGUCCAGAUGGAUUUGUCGGCGAUCGAUGCGAGGAAAAUGUGGACGAUUGUGUUGGUAACCCGUGCUUGAAUGGUGGCACCUGUGUCGAUGCGGAAAACCAUUUUAAAUGCCAGUGCAUACCGGGAUUCAUUGGGACGCACUGUGAAGAAAAGGUUGAUCUCUGUCUCACAAAACCCUGCGCAAAUGGGGGCAUUUGUACGAAUCUAGAGAACGACUAUCGGUGUCAGUGUCGCGCAGGUUUUACCGGUAAGGAUUGCAGUGCCGAUGUGGACGAAUGCAUUUCAGCCCCGUGUCGCAACGGCGGUACGUGCAUAAACAGGGUGAACAGUUAUCAAUGUGUCUGUGCCGGUGGUUACCGCGGUCAAUCGUGCGAGGAAGAGUCUUCCUCUGCUGUUCAAAGAGAUGCAGCUUUGGAUGGCGCUGAGCUCCAUCAUCAUCAUCAUCCGCAGCAACAGCAGCGAUAUAGUGGUGUGGAUGGAGUUGAUAGCAGUAGCCGCCAUGCCGACGGACUGAGCAGUGGACAAAUAGUGCUAAUAGCGAUGUUUUCAAUUUCGACUCCACUGUUGGCAUUUAUCGCGACUACGAUCGUUAUCUGUCUGAAACGCAAGCGCCAACGAGAGCAGGAAAAGGACGACGCGGAAGCGAGGAAACAGAACGAACAAAAUGCGUCCCAUAAUCUGUCCGCCUCACCGCACCAUCACCACCAUCGUCUGCAACAACAGCAGCAGCAACAUCAGCUACAUCAUCAACAGUCUUCGUCAUCAGCUGCGUCGCAGGGUGCCCUGCUGCAUUCAACUUCCCAGCAACAGCAGCAGCAUCAGCAGCAGCAGCAACAACAACAGCAGCAGCAGCAACAGCAGCAACAACAACAGUAUCACAAUGGUUUUCACAAUCACCUACAGGCCUCUGUUCAGAAACGGAACAGUAGCAAUACUCUCUCAAACUUUGACAGCUCGCAUCAUAUGAUUAAGAACACCUGGGAUAAAAGCAUCAACAAUAUGCCUGCUCCACCGACUUCAGCUAGUGGGAGCGGCGGCGGUAGUAGCAGUAGUGGUGGUGGUAGUUGUAGUGCCAAUGGAGUUGUUAGUAGUGUCGGGCCGGCAGCAUUGCUGCUUAGUGGUGGCACAACCUUGGACGACAAUAGCUGUCUCAUGGCGACAGCAGUUGUGGGUGGUGGUGUUGGUGGUGGCGCUGGUAGUGGUGGAAGUGUUAGCAACGGGGCCGGUGCUUUAUUAUAUCUAAGCGGUACUGACGAUGUGCCGCCGAUGGCAUCCUGUUCGACAUUGCAACGUGCCAAAUCACAGAAGCAACUUAAUACAGAUCCAUCGAUAUUGUUGCAGCAGCAACAGCAUCAAAACCAUCAUGCAACGAUGCUGGCACAAACCGCAGCAUCUCUUCAGCAUACCUCAGCAAACGGUACACCGGUCGGUGGUGCUGUUCUGUCGUCAGGUGCAGUGUCCUCGGUGGGAACGGCUUGUGGUAAUGGUAGUGGGAAAGAUUUAUUCGAUAAGCGCAUAUCAGUUUUGUCGGAAUCGGGACGAUUAUGCCAUACCCGUUGGAACGCAGCCGCACCGGUUGGCGUAGUGGGGGGUAGUCAUUCAGUUGUUGGACCAUGCAGUCCACCACACAUUUAAUCA